UUUUAGUCGAAAAAGGAUUGAGAUUGGAAAGUCGAUUAAAAUUUUUGAUUUAACCCUACUUUCAGACAUAUAUCAUGGAGGAUGAACCUAUGGAAGAUUUAGAAGCGAAUAACGAUGAAAAUAAUCCCGAUGUUACUGAUAAUAGACAGGCCAGGUUCCCUAUUCCAAGGCCAGGAAGUAUGAUGCUGAUGACCAUUACGGAAGAGGACUAUGUCCAGGAGUACUGGCCAAAACUACAGGAAGCUAUUCGCCAAUUGUUAACCACAAAUUUAGGAGAUUUUAUACCCAUCUCUUAUGAACAGAUGUAUAGUUGUGUGUAUAAGUGUGUAUGUAAGCAGUUCUCUGAGCGACUGUACCAUGAUCUUGAAAUGCUCAUUGUGGACCAUCUAACAUGGGAGUCAAUGAGGUUACUCAAUACCGUUCAGCAGCCCAAGAUGUUCAUUGAAAAAUUUAACGAAAUCACGAAUCAAUAUCUACAGGCCCUGAGUGGUAUAGUUCCUAUAUUCAACUAUAUGAAUCGGUUUUACGUUGAAAGCAAAUUGAGAACAGAUCUUGGCUUGGAGUUAAAGAAGUUGUUCAUAGGGCAUGUGGCGGACAGACACAUAUCUAACCUUAUCACCUUCCUGGUGGAUGUACUUAACAAGCCAUUCACUGUUCACCCCCAAAUCAUGUCUCAGCUUAUUGAAAAUUUAUAUAAACUUAAACCGGAAUAUGCAGAUCUACGGCCACAUCUUUUCGCUCGGUAUAUCCCUAAUGUAUUGCCGCCAACACAGGCCGACGAGUUGGAACGGUAUAUUGAGGAAACGCAGCAAAUGCAGCGUGAUCUUCGAACGCAUCCAUUGUUUAUGAGUGGUGAUCAGAGUCGAAAGCGUCCCGGUGAUGAUGGUGCAGGCAAGGACCCUCCAAUCGCUGUAAAUUAUUUUCCGCUAAAUCCCGAGUCUGAGGACAGCCAAUGAGAUUGAGAGACGUUUUCUCCAGAACGUUGGAUGUGAUUGGUGCUGAUAUACAUGUGACGAUUCCUGCUGGUAUCUUGAUGAUGAAAUCGGGAACGAAGUAUUUCUGUUGGUCUCUUAUAAAACAUGGCGAAGUGUACUUUGGAUGUUUGCAAUGAAUUUUGGAAGGCGAAUGAAGCCAAUACAUGGAUGUGUGUAUAUAUGCUGGCAUUUCCUGACUUGUGCGGUAACUUAUCAGAAAAACUGAAUCAGGAAUGUGUAUGUUUGACUUGUUCGCUGGCACUUCAGUGCAAAGGAACUGUCCAAUUUACUGUGUGAAUUCAAGCAUUGUUGACUUAAGUUUUCCUUAGACGUUCAACUAUGAAUUCAGAAGGAGCAGCAUAGUAGUACUUACAGAGUGGGAGGCUGUAUAUACGAAAAUGCAUUUGAUUUACUGAUAAGAUUCCAAGUGUGGGAUGUGAAAAUGUCAACAUUUUGGAUGAUAAUUAGGCAUUGUAAAAGUAGAUUCUUAUUUAUAAACCUUCCUUGUAUGGUAAACCUUACUUGACAUGUGGUUAGUUAAAAGGUUUAAGUCAGGCUUAUGCAGCGGUCAGGGUAAACCCUGUACCCCCUGGUAAAGGAUCUCCACUAAUUUAGUGUCGAGUUUUGAACAAAAAGUUCUUUCUGUCUGUUGACUUUCUGUUGAACAGAAAAAUAUGUAGUGUAACAUACCUGUCAACUCCUCCAUCAUUUUUUAUAGAAAGUUACUUGUACAACAAAAUGUUAUAAUCAGUUAAAAAUUGUUGGAAAAUGUGGCGAGCACUGGUGAUCUCAUUUCUAGUCCUUGGCGAAUUAGUGUCGAAUCCUGGGUUUUGAUAGAAAGUGUGAAGGGUUGAUCAACUGACCAGGGGGAUGCAAGGUUUACGUUGACCACUGUGUUGGUCUUGCUCUUAACAAUAGAGAAUGUUGCGGAGACAAUGAAGACUGCAUUUUGGGCAGUUCUAGAUUUAAAGUUCUUAUAUAUGAUGAUGUCACACCUACACCUACACCUACUGUACGAUACGAAAAACAUGUUAUUUGUCAUCCUGGUGGGACGUUGUCAUGCAGGAAUGAUAAUGGCAUACCUAGAGGUGAUGAUAUCACACCAGGUAUGCCCAAGCUGGACAUUGGCAAAUAUGUGUGGAAAUAUUUGACAAAGGUUGGUUGAACUCUUCAAUGUGGACAAAGUUUAUCCGAAGAUAUGUUAGGUUUUCACCAUUGAAAUAGGCAGUUCGCCUUUAAAUCUGAUCUGUGUCUGUUGACAGUUUAGGGGUUGCAUUUUAGAACGGAUUCUGAAGCUCAACAAUAAUAUUUGUUGGCUCAUGGGACAGUCAUCAGUUAAGUGGUUUGGGAGAAAGAGUCUGUGGUCUUUACAGUUUCAGACUGUUGUAGAUUGUGUAAAUAUUGAACAAUUUUGGGUAAAAAAGGUUGUUUGCGCUAUACCAGACCUGCAAUCGUUGUUAAAUGUACAUGUACUUGCCCUUUGUAUACAUGUACUUAUCAUCAAAACUUGUUGUUAUUAUUAUCAAUAGCAUACAUGGGCUCUUUUCGUAGAUAAUGCUUAAGACAGAAUAGUGGCUGUAGACGGCCAUUCAUGGGCAACCGUGCCAUGAGAGGGUGUUACAUUUUUAGUAUUCGCAGAUAUUUCUGUAUAUUCGCUUCCUAAUGUAGACUAUGCUUUGCCUAUUUUGCCUUUGACCGUGUUGUUAGGCCCAUUCAUUUACAAUUAAGAUUUCACAUAAUGCCCACAUUAAUAUUGUACUUUAUACUGAACUUGGUCUCACUGGGUCUCAAAACUGUCACUAUUAUAGGUCUCAACAGAGGCACUCAUGUUGUCAGGGAGCUGCCUAUCACCCGAGGUAGACUUUUAAACAGAGAGACGACCAGACUAGACCAGGUUUAAGUUAGGAGUUGGACACCUUAUCCAACAUGUCCUUAGUUUAGUAGAUAGUAAAUUUUGGCAAAACAAGGCUUGAAUUAUUGUAAGAUUCUGUGCCCAACUUGGGAGAGGGUAGUUGUCUUUCGGAGCAAAAUACAUCAUUGUCUUCAACAUAUGUGACUCGCUCUACCAAAACUAGGCGCUUGUCACAUCUGAACUUGACAGGUUGAUACAGACUUGUUGUUCAUUUCCCUAUUGUAGACCUUUUGUGAAAUCUAUUACAAACUGAUUUGGUCACAUUUCACAAAAGGUCCACAACAGGGAAAUGAACAACAAGUCCGUAUCAACCUGGCAAGUUCAGAUGCGACAAGCGCCUAGUUUUGGUAGAGCGGGUCACAUAUCUACAAAGUGAUAUCUUCAGAAAGUGUCUGCAGCACUUUCACUCAACUGCAGCCCACAUGCUUGGAUGGGAAAUGGUCCUAUUCUGGAAGCACAUGUCACAUAAUAAGAUAUUG